CCUGAGGAGUUACGAUGUCGGGCUCGUUUUGCCGAAGUUUAUACGCGUUUACCGGCGAUCAGCACCAGCAGGGACUGAAGUUUGAGGCUGGAGAGCUGAUCAGAAUAACGCAAGCUCUGGACGGAGGCUGGUGGGAGGGAGAGAAGGACGGAGUCAAGGGAUGGUUCCCCUCAACUUACGUGCAGCUGGAGAACCUGUCCUCCAUGUCUCCUCUGGAUGAGCCGCUGGCCAGAGACUGGAAGUGCUACAUGUCACCGCAGGGACGCAGAUACUACGUAAACACCGUCAGCAACGAGACAACAUGGGAGCGGCCGUCGAGCACGCCUGGCACCCCGAAAACACCCGCGAAACACAAGAACUCUGUCCCGACAGUGAAUGGAUUUCAUGGCAAUGGCAGCCCGUUGCAUCAGACUGAGCCGUCGCAUGUACUGAUGCGGAAGACCAGCACAGAUCAUCAGAGUCCCGUCUCGACAUCACCCAGCCGGAAGCAGGAGUGUGAAUCCACAGUAACUAUCAACAGCGUGACGUUUCCUCUUCCACUGCACAUGUCUGAACAGCAGCUGCUCAAACCAGACGAGUGGAGCUACUGCGAUUAUUUCUGGGCGGACAGAAAGGACCCGCAGGGAAGCACCAUCAUCUCAGGAUUUGAGGUUCUGCUGCAAAAACAGCUGAAGGGAAGGCAGAUGCAGAAAGAGAUGGCCGAGUUUGUGCGGGAGAGGAUCAGGAUUGAGGAGGAAUACGCCAAGAACCUGUCGAAGCUCUCGCAGAUCCCGCUGGCGGUGCAGGAGGAAGGCACGCUUGGCUCAGCUUGGGCUCAGCUGAAGAAAAGCCUGGCAGAUGAAGCAGAAGUUCAUCUCAAGUUCUCCUCCAAGCUUCAGAGUGAGGUGGAAAAGCCUCUGCUGAUAUUUCGGGAAAACUUCAAGAAGGACAUGAAGAAGUUCGACCAUCACAUGUCGGAUCUCAGGAAGCAGCUGGCGAGCCGAUCCGCCGCCGUGGAGAAGGCACGGAAAGCGCUCGCCGAUCGGCAGAAGGAUCUGGAGUUAAAAACCCAGCAUCUGGAGAUCAAACUGAACAGCAAGAUCGAGGAGGACAUCAAGAAGGCGCGCAGAAAAUCCACGCAGGCCGGCGAUGACCUGAUGCGAUGUGUUGACCUCUACAAUCAGUCCCAGUCCAAGUGGUUUGAGGAGAUGGUGACCAGCAGUCUGGAGCUGGAGCGUCUGGAGGUGGAGCGUGUGGAGAUGAUCAGGCAGCACUUGUGUCAGUACACCACACUACGACACGAGACGGACAUGUUCAACCAAAGUACCAUAGAGCCGCUGGACAAACUGCUGCGGAGCGUCGACCCCGCCAGAGACCGAGAGCUGUGGGUCAGAGAGCACAAGACGGGCGAGCUGAGACCGGUGGACAUGGACAUCUGACUCCAUCAGACUCUAGCCUGUCGUCCUACUGAGGGUUUGAUCUCUCUAAAACCUUCUGAAGCCUAAACCAGUGGAGAACGAUCAGGACUCAAACCGAGCAGAAGCUUGAGAAAGAGCCAAGCUUAUACGCCCUUCCCACUAAAAGUAGCACACAAGUGGCCAAUUUUGAGAGGAAAAUGCAAAGACUGAAUAUCUGAGAACAGAUGUGUUUGUCAUCUACUGAUGCAAUCAUGCCAUUAGGAUUCAGCACUGAUUGAACUGAGUUCAUACAUGUGAAAUCGUACUAAUAUACAGUAUACUGUAAAUGCUGCUGCAUCAACUAUUACAGCUGAUUUCAGUUCUGUGACUAAUCAAAGCUCUCGCUUCCCUUAAAGGGACAGUUCACACAAAAAUUAUCAUUUGCGUCACCUUCAUUUUCCAAACAUGUACGAGUUUCUUUCUCUUGUUG